UUGCAUGUCAUGUGUGUGUUUACUUUCUUUUCGGCACUGAAUAGGUGAUAUUUAGCUCCUCAGUAUGAACAAUACCUGUUAUCUUUCCUCAAAUAUUUCAUGAAUAGGCUGUAUCACAACCACUAUCUCAAACAGAACGACAUCUUUUAUCACCAUUCUUGUCUUUUUCCUUGUCAAUGCUGCCGAUACUUUUAUGUUCGAAAGAUUCCAAUUUUGGGGGCGGAUGAAAAUUAUUAAAAGAAAAAAAUAAUUUUUAAACAGCGGAUAUGGAUCAGAUUUGCUCAACAGAAUUUUGGAAUUGGGAUUUGACAUGGAGCACUACAACACCUAUUUUCACUUCCUGUUUCAUAAAAAUUGGACUGAUAUGGGCUCCCGUGGCUUUCUUUUGGAUUUUUGCUCCAGCAGAAAUAUAUUACAUGAUAAGGAAGAAAAGGAUGAAAGUGCCAUGGUCAAUUUUAAAUAUUUCAAAACUGAUUGUUGUGUUCCUCUUGAUGGUUCUGUCUUUAAUAGACAUGAUUUAUCAAAUGGUUCGAUUCACAAACACUGAUGUCCGUCCUGUUGAAUAUUACACACCCUUUCUAAUUUUUGUAACAAUGGCAGCAGUUGCUAUCAUGAUGCUUAUUCAACGGAGAAAAGGGAAAAUUACAUCAGGGGUCAUAUUUUUGUUUUCAUUCUUUUUCUGCUUAGGAACAGCUGGAGGAUAUUAUACUGCAUUGCAAAAGACUUUCAAUGAAAAUUUCAAUUAUGAUAAAGAGUUUGAAACUUUCCAAUUCUCUGUGAUAGUUCUAUAUUUUGCAUUUUCAUUCAUCUUAUUUAUUCUUAAUUGCUUUGCUGACCUGAGAGCCAAGCCAAGUCAAAUACCCAAGAGGCAAAGUCCCGAAGAAAGAGCAUCAUUUAUAUCAAUUCUAACAUUUUGGUGGUUUAACCCAAUGGCUAUUUUGGGUUAUAAAAAACCAUUAGCUGGUGAAGAUAUGUGGGAACUUAGUGAUGAAAAUAAAUCAGAAACUCUUCAAGCUGAAUUCAAUAAAUAUUGGAUGCCAUUAGUACAAAAGGCCAACAGCCAUCACAGUGAAGUAAAAGCGUCUCUUUCAAGAAGAUACUCUGAAAUGCCUAACGAUGAUUGCACAAAGGUCACAAUAUCACCAACUGAUUAUGAAAAAGAUAUAGCAAAGCUGAGCAUUUUGAAACCAAUUUUAAAAACUUUUGGUUGGGAACUUUUCUUUACUGGUAUUCUUAAAUUGGGAGCUAGUGUUAUAACAUUUGUCAACCCACUUAUAUUAGAUGAACUCAUUGCCUUUGUCGGAAGUAAUGAUCCAUUUUGGAAAGGAUUUGUUUUUGCUGCCGGAAUGUUUAUUGCUGCAUUGAUAGAAUCCUUUUUGUCCGGUCAAUAUGAAUACAGAAUAUAUGUGAUUGCCAUGCGAAUACGUUCCUGUAUUAUAUCUGUUGUAUAUAAAAAAGCACUUGUACUAUCAAACUCAGCAAGGAAGAAUUUCACUGUAGGUGAAGUGGUAAACUUGAUGUCAGUGGAUACCCAAAGAGUAAUGGAUUAUGUUCAGAUGGUAAAUCUCUUAUGGUCAGCUCCACUGCAGAUAGUUAUUGCCAUUUAUCUUUUGUGGCAACAAUUGGGAGUUGCCACUCUUGGAGGUCUAGCUGUUAUGAUUUUGAUGAUUCCCCUCAAUGGAGUUAUUAGUGUAUUUAUUAGAAAUUUCCAGGUAAAAUUGAUGAAGGAUAAGGACAAAAGAACAAAACUCAUGAAUGAGAUUAUGAAUGGUAUAAAAGUUCUGAAACUAUAUGCAUGGGAAAACUCCUUUAUAAAAGAAGUAAUGAAUAUCCGAUGUAUGGAAGUUGCCAGUCUGAAAGCCCAAGCCUACUUAAACGGUGCUGUUACUUUUGUCUUUUCUUCAGCUCCCUUCCUGGUAUCUCUUGCAAGUUUUGCAACAUAUGUAUUAAUUGACUCCAGUAAUGUGCUGGAUGCAAACAAAGCUUUCGUGUCAUUGUCAUUAUUUAACAUUCUUCGAGUUCCAACAGCUCUUUUGCCUAUGAUCAUUACUUUUACUGCUAUGUUUGUAGUAUCCCUUAAAAGAAUAAAUAAAUAUCUCCAAGGAGAUGAAAUUGAUCCAGACAUUAUCAAGCAUGAUCCCUCAGAAAAGGACCCUGUAAUCAUUGAAAAUGCCACAUUCUCUUGGACUAAAGAAGAUGCUCCUGCUCUAAGCAACCUCAAUUUCCGUGUCAAAGAAGGAUCUUUAGUAGCCGUGGUUGGUCAGGUUGGAGCUGGAAAAUCAUCCCUUCUUUCAGCCUUGUUAGGUGAUAUGGUAAAAUGGUGUGGGAAAGUUAAUGUAAAGGGAUCUGUUGCCUAUGUUCCUCAGCAGGCUUGGAUUCAGAAUGCCACUUUAAGAAAGAAUGUUCUGUUCACCCAACCCUAUGAUGAAAAAAAGUACAAAACAGUUCUGGAAGCCUGUGCUCUUGCUCAAGAUCUUGAGAUCCUGCCUGGUGGAGAUAUGACUGAAAUUGGUGAAAAAGGUAUUAAUCUCAGUGGUGGUCAGAAACAACGUGUAAGUUUGGCCAGAGCUGUGUAUAGUGAUGCUGACAUAUAUUAUUUGGAUGACCCAUUGAGUGCUGUGGAUGCACAUGUUGGUAAGCACAUCUUUGAACAAGUGAUUGGGCCCAAAGGAAUGCUCCAGAAAAAGACUCGCAUUUUGGUGACCCACAGAAUAAGUGUUCUUCCUGAAGUAGACACAGUAAUUGUUCUUCAGGAAGGUCGAGUAAGUGAAAUGGGAUCGUACAAAGAAUUAUUAGCUAAAAAAGGAGCUUUUGCCGAUUUCCUUAUUCAAUUUCUCCAAGAAAAUGCUGGUGAUAGCGUUGAAGAAAUUAUGCUACCUGAUGAACUUAAUUUAAUUCAGGAAAUUGCUGCAACAGUUGGAGCACCACCAGAAUUAACCAGGCAAUUAUCAAAAAUGAGUGACGGUGGCAGUGAUUCUGAUUCUGUUAUGAGUAAAGCAAAGAGAGGUUCCUCUUUAUCUAUUGCUGAAGGAGGUGAAGGUCUUAGAAAAAGAACUAAAAGCAUGUUUGAUACACCUGAUAAAAGACCGGGGAAAUUGAGUAGAGAAAUUUCUAAACCAGGUGUGGAUCGACGUCAGUCCACCAAACCUGAAGCAGCUGGAGUGAAGCUCACAGAAAAGGAAUCGAUGCAAGUUGGUUCUGUAAAAAGCUCUGUGUACUUUGACUACAUAAAGUCUUACGGGUAUUGGAAUUUCUUCUGGACAUUUAUAUGCUAUAUAUUAUCAAAUGGAUUCAGUGUUGGUUCUAGUCUUUGGCUUAGUGUCUGGAGUAAUGAUUCCUUGAAUCCUGAAACUGCAAAGGAUACACACUUAAGAGAUGUUCGUUUAGGAGUUUACAGUGGCCUAGGUGGCGGAGAAAUUGUUUUCACAUUAAUCACUUCAAUUUUGAUGAAUCUGGCAUGUCUACGAGCUGCCAAAAUUCUUCAUGAUGGGAUGCUGGAGCAUGUAAUGCGAGCUCCUAUGUCAUUCUUUGACACCACUCCUUUAGGCCGAAUUCUAAAUCGAUUCUCUAAAGACAUCGAUACAGUUGAUGUUACUAUCCGUUUCAAUAUUCGUAUGGUGUUCAUUCAAGGAUUCCGAGCUCUAGGAGCAGUCAUUGUCAUUUGUCUUGAGACACCUUUAUUCCUGGUAGCCUGUUUACCUCUGGUCAUUUUAUACUAUUUCUUACAGAAAUUUUACAUCCCUACUUCAAGGCAGCUAAAAAGAUUGGAAUCAACAACACGUUCACCAGUUUAUUCACAUUUUUCUGAGACUGUAACAGGUGCCUCCAGUAUUAGAGCAUAUGAAGCAAGCAAUCAAUUCAUGCGUCAUUCCAACAACCUUGUCGAUAUUAACAAUGAAUCAUACUAUCCUAGUUUAGGUGCAAGUAGAUGGUUAUCCAUUCGUCUAGAAUUUUUAGGAUACACCAUUGUUUUUCUAUCUGCCCUCUUUGCUGUCUUCUUACGAGAUACUUUAAGUCCAGGAAUUGCUGGCUUAGCUGUGAGCUAUGCUUUGCAAGUGACAGGAAUUCUGAAUAUGUUAGUAAGAGCUACAGCAGAUGUAGAAACAAAUAUUGUUGCAGUGGAACGAUGCAUAGAAUAUACAAACACUCCUGUCGAAGCUGAAUGGAACAACAGAGAGACUAAACCAGAUCCUGCUUGGCCUCAAGAAGGACAAAUCAAUUUUGACCACUACUCAACUCGAUACCGAGAAGGCCUGGAACUUGUUUUGAAAGACAUUUCGUGUGUUAUUAAACCUAAUGAAAGAUGCGGCAUUGUUGGUCGAACUGGAGCAGGGAAAUCCUCAUUGACCCUUGCAUUAUUCCGUAUUAUUGAAGCCGCUGGUGGCAAGAUUUGCAUAGAUGGUAUUCAUAUAGCUAAACUAGGUUUACAUGAUCUGAGAAACAAGCUCACUAUAAUUCCCCAAGAUCCUGUCCUUUUCACGGGUACCUUAAGAACUAAUUUGGAUCCAUUUGGUGCAUACAAUGAUACUGCUUUAUGGCAAUCUUUGGAACAGGCUCAUCUCAAAAAUUUCGUCUCAGCCCUGGAGAAAGGUCUAGAACAUGAAGUGUCAGAGGGUGGAGAAAAUUUGAGUGUUGGUCAACGUCAACUGGUAUGCUUGGCAAGAGCUCUUCUGCGUAAGACAAAAGUACUGAUUUUGGAUGAAGCAACAGCUGCUGUAGAUGUGGAAACUGAUGAACUCAUCCAAUCCACCAUCCGCACACAAUUCAGUGACUGCACUGUCAUUACCAUUGCACACAGGCUCAACACUAUAAUGGAUUAUGAUAAAGUCAUUGUUCUCAGUAAAGGUGAAAUUGUAGAGAUGGACAAACCAGAAGAUCUUCUGAAGAAUGAAAACUCAGUAUUUUAUUCAAUGGCCAAAGACGCUGGGCUUGUUAAUUAGCAAGCACAUGUUUGAAGAUUCACGUGUUUGAAAAACUGAGUGACUUAGCAAUGUACCGAGUGAGCAUCUUUAAAGCUAAAGUCUACUUUCGAAUGUGUCUAGUUUGGAUAAUUUGUAUUGGUUUGUUUUAAUCAAAACUUUUAUCAUUUAUGUAUAAAAAUUCCUGCUGCUUUGCUUCAAAGCUGCUGUAUAUUUAAAAAAAGGAAAACAAAUCUGUCUUAUAGGAUGUAUAUAGAGUGUUGCAGAUUUUUAAAUAUUGUGUAAAUGACAAUGAAAAAAUGGAUUUACUUGAAAUAUUUGUCUGUCUUAAUUUUUCUGAAAUAUAUUUUACAUCCAUUUGUUAAAGAUUUUCUUUUUGGAAUUAAUAUAUUUCUCAAUAUUAUAAUUUAAUUUAUUAAUUAUUUUUUAUUCUGUUAUUGCUGACAGUCUAUCACUUUUUGUGGAUAUAUCUGACUAUCUAUUAUAAAAUCUGCAUUGUAAAAUUACCAUAAUUACCCAUAAUUGUUUAUUAUGGGAAACAAUAUGCAGUUACAGUAUUUGCAAAAGUAUUAAGGGGAUUUAUGCAUGUAUUCAAAAAUUUUAUUUCUGCCAAUCUUAUUAGUUAUGGCAGUUUUAUUAUAAGCAACAACUACUAUUUUGUCAGAACAAUAAUUACUUAUUUUUAGUUAAAAGGAUAUUUUUACAAAAACAGUAGACAAAUGCUUCUUGUUAGUUUGGAAUAAAUGUAUUUAAAAUUUACAAAUAAAAUAUUGGCAUAUUAAUACUGAAAUGUAAAAGGGAAAUUUUAAUACAUUUUAUUUAACUUAAUAUGUCAAAAUUGAGUUUUUAAAACUUAUAAAGACGCCUUUUAUAAAGAUAAUAUACAUAAAUAUAAUUUAAAUUUCAUCCUAAGUUUUUAUGAUAUAAAUAUUCAUAUGACGAUAAAAAGUCAAAAUAAAGCUUACUGUUAUUGUUAACAAUGGACAAUUUCUUUAAAAUUAGCUUUUAUGGUUUAAUAUCUACCUCUUUUUUUAUUCUCUAGUAAUAUUUUUAACAAGUAAUGAGUGGUUAUAAAGUAACUAUAAUGUUUGCCUCGAAAACAACAUUUUGCAUAUUUAUAAAAAUGGCAAGUCAAAAUAAUGUUUUUAAAAGUUCUAAAUUGAAAUUGAUCCUUUUUAUGUCAGUUAUAUUUACUAAUUUUUUGCAAUGUUGUAAUUCUUAUUACAAUCCUUAUUCAAAUAAUGAACAGUUUCAGAAUGAAAAAGAAACACAAAUUGCUAUUUAUUAACUUAUUAUAGUUUGCUAUUAUUAUUAUAGUUUAUCUGCUAUUAUUAUUAUAGUUUCUGUACUGAAUUCAUUUUGAAAUAUAAUUUCUAAACUCUCAAAUUUGGCAUUUUAAUAUUUCUUUAUCUAUUUUUAAUUUUUUUCUCCUAGCAUUGUUAUAAUAUUUUUUUGCAUUUUUAAAUUAUUUUCAAAGCAAAGGUGUUUCAAAUUAAAUUCUCUAAAUUCAAAGUUUUUUAUAAAUGUAUUAAAAGAAUUGUGUUAUAAAAGUUUCAAAGAUUUAAUGGAUAGCAAUUACAUUAGUAUAAAACCACAACAUUAAUGAUCUCAAAUGACAUCAUUUUUUUUUUCUUUUCAUUUUUCCUUUUGUUUUACUUUUCAUCACUUUCAUUUGUUUUGAAACUGCCAUUUUAUUUUUAACCACAGAUUUAGAUUUUUUAUUUUAACUUAACUAAAUGUAAAACCACAUUCAGUAAUGAAAUAUUUGGGAAAAGGGGUACAUUUUUCACUAAUAACAUUUUGCAUUGUAUUGUGUGAUAUUGGGUAAAAUAAAUUUGAAAGAAAGCUUUCAAAUUUUUUCUUUGUUACAGCUUGUCACUGUUUUGUAGCAUUAAUUUAUUUUGUUGUACUUUUUAUAGUUUUAUUAGCAUAUAAAACAUUUUUAGUUUGCAUGUAUGUUUUUUGCAUUCAUACAUUUUAUAUGAUAAAAAUUUGUUGAUAAAGGCUUUAAGGAGAACAGAAUGUGAAUAAUGUCAAGAAGUUGAAAUUUUUUUAACAUCUUGACAAUGUUAUGUUAUUUUUAAGUUAGUACCAUCUGGUGAGUUUGUGAAUAAAUAGCAGUGAGAAAGUGGAACUCUUGUACAGAUUAGCAUGAAAAACCCUUGCACAGUAUUGUUUUUGAAUACCAAGUAUUCACAAUAUAAUGUGAUUUUGUACAAGACAGCAGUAUUUUUUGUAACAGUAUACCAGAUUAUUUUCGAAUGGCUGUAUAUUCAGUUGCGUAAUAAAUUUUGUACCAUCGUCA